AAUGUGCGUGCUCUUGGACUGGAGCCAAUCAGCUGUCAGGGCACCGUGAUAAAUCGCAAUGCAUUAUUGAUAAUAAUAAUUACGGGUCGACAUGCGCAUUUCUAGUUGAGGUUUUUUUUCGUUGGGUGGGAGACGGAGGGGGUGUGCAAUUUUCCCCCAAAGCCGAAGAAUUUGCAGAAGAAGGAGCGGAAUAUUGUUGGCAACUCUUUGCUCCUGAUGGUUGCACCAUGUCGAGGCGCAAGCAAUCCAAGCCGCAGCAGAUCAACUCCGACGAGCCCGAGUCGUCGGGAAACGGGACUCUCCUCGAGAAUAACACCAAGGAAACUGCAAAUGAAGCCAAGAGAUUCCGAUUGGACGAGACCAGGGUCUGUAACAAGUGUUGUGCUGAAUUCUUUGAUGAAGCAGAAUUUCUAGAACAUGAGAAAAAAUGCACUAAAGGUCAACAAGUGGUCAUCAUGAAAGACGGAGACGGCAAUGAAGUGCCUGAGGAAUAUUCCCAAAGCUCUCCCGAAGGCCUUACCAGUGACCAUGACGACGACCAGUCCAGCAGCCAUUCCCUAUCAAAUGUCAAUACAGAACAUCCGGAGAGAGCGGAGGAAGACUCCAGCAUGAACGCAGAUGACUCGGGACCGCAUGAUCAGACGGAAAUGCCUGCAAGCCCCGAGAUGACUUUCCAUCCCCCGCAGAAAAUGCAAAAUUCAAACGUCACUCUUGAAACCAUGGCGGACACCAAAGUGGCCGUCUCCCAACAUUACUCAAACAUUACACCUCUGUCCUCAUCACAAGAAGUCAUGCAGGCCAUCCCCGUUAUCUUGGAACAGUUGGUGUUCCUCCAGCAACAGCAGCUACAGCAAAUCCAGCUCACGGAACAGAUCCGAAUCCAAGUCGCCACAAUGACUCCACAGGGUGUAGAGUCAUCGGUCGGGGCGGUGAUGGACCCUUUGAAAGCCCUCGGUGCGCAUCUGUCGCAACAGUUGUCUGCUGCAGCAGCACUGAUCGGAAAAAGGACCGGCAGUCAGAGCCUUUCUAUGGCAACCAUGAAGCAAGGCAAAGUACCUCUGACCCCUGGCAUCCCUCCCUCUCUACCCGGGCAAAUGGAAUCUAUGACUUCUAAAACGGACAUUUUCAAGGGCAUUCCAGAUCUGGCUACCCGCUCACAACUGCCCCAAUCGCCGAGUGUCAUGGGUUUCACCAGCACCUUCGGUAGUAUCCAAUCGGGGAUGGAAUCCUCCAAAAAAGUGAAGACAAAGACCGCAAACCCCCUACCAGAGUUAAAGAACGGUGACUCCGUAUACAGGCAUAAGUGUAAGUACUGCGGGAAGAGCUUUGGCAACGACAGUGCUCUCCAGAUUCACCUGCGUUCCCACACCGGCGAGAGGCCCUUCAAGUGUAACAUUUGUGGAAACCGCUUUACGACUAAAGGAAACCUCAAAGUGCAUUUCCAGAGGCAUAGAGACAAGUAUCCUAACAUUGGCAUGAAUCCUCAUCCUGUGCCAGAACAUCUCGACAACAUCCCCACCAGCAGCGGCAUUCCCUUUGGUAUGUCUGUGCCCAUGGACGAGUCAAACAUGACCGACGUUAAGCCUAUAAUCGGUCAUCCUGCUGCGGGUGGCUUCCAGCCGUCACCCGCACCGGGCUUCAAGACAUUUGACAACUUUGCAGGUGACAAGUUUUCUCAGAAACCCUCCCCAUCAACAAGUGAUGGCUCCCCAUCGGUUUGCUCAACUGUGUUCGGCCAAGAGACUGGAGCGGAUCUGAGGGACGCUCAUCAGGGAGAGCUGCUGGGAGCCCUGCAUCAUCUGAAUGGCAACGUCCUCCUUGGAGAACAAAGCUCUGGAACCGCAAAACUCCAGCAGAUGGUGGACGGCCUGGAGAAGAGGACCAGUGACCCCAAUGAAUGUGUAAUCUGCCAUAGGGUGCUGAGUUGCCAGAGCUCUCUCAAAAUGCAUUACCGCACGCACACGGGCGAGAGACCCUACAAGUGCAAGAUCUGUGGCCGCGCGUUCUCCACCAAGGGUAACCUCAAGGCCCAUUACGGCGUGCACAGGGCUAACACUCCCCUUAAAAUGCAGCACUCCUGUCCCAUCUGCCAGAAGAAGUUCACCAAUGCUGUGGUUCUGCAGCAGCACAUUCGUAUGCAUAUGGGCGGGCAGAUCCCCAACACCCCGAUGCCAGAAAACCAGUUUGACGCAUCUGACGCAAUGGAGUCCUCUCUGUCAGAAGAGAAGUCUGUGGAAACUAGCGGUUUCGACGCGAGCCUGGAGGACCGCGAGUCUGAGCCGAUCUCCCAGAAGCCAAACAACCCCUUAGAUUCCUUUACGCCCGCACCAGAGGAAACGCCGCAAAACCAUGCCGCUCCCGCCAUUUUUUCCAGCCUCGAAGUCUUGAAGAAUCUCACCUCUGCCCUUUCGCUGCAGCGACAGAGCAGCACCGCUUCGGACGGAGAGGGAGCAUCCAAAGAACCCACGUCUGCUCCCAGAGAGCAGAUAUAUCAGAAUGGCCGCAGUCCUGCCAUCUCUGAGUCCGCCGUGUCGUUUUGCUCCUCCUCCCCGCUGAACAACAACGCGAGUAUGAGCAAGUCUCCUGAGUCUGCCGUUGAUGAAUUUGCCCAUAAUGUGUCCAAGCCGGAGUCUGAUGCCACUGCUCAAGGUGGCGCAGAGUCCAGUGGGGCCCUUGACCUCACAGCUAACAGCAGCUUCACCCCGAAAGUGAUCAAAGAAGAGCCGGGCACGCCAUUCCUAAAUGGAGAUUACGUUCCCAGUAACAUGACCUUCAUGAGGAUGCCGUCGAGCCUGGCCAGCCUGGAGAUGAAGCUUCCUCCUGAGAAUCCCAUGGGCCCUCAUGGUUUGUUCAGCUCCCACAUGCCUCAGGGAACAUCCAUGCCCUCGUCCAUCUCCAGUGCACCGCGACGAUCAUCCAAACAGCACGUGUGUCAUGCCUGUGGCAAGAACUUCUCAUCCGCCAGCGCCUUGCAGAUCCACGAGCGCACCCAUACAGGGGAGAAGCCUUUCGCCUGCAACAUCUGUGGCAGGGCUUUCACUACCAAGGGAAAUCUAAAGGUGCACAUCGGCACUCACAUGUGGAACAACACAUCACGGCGCGGCCAGCGACUGUCCCUGGACAACCCCAUGGCGUUGAUGGCCAUGAGUUCCGAGGCCAAGUUGUUGCCAGAGAUCCUGCACGCCCCCAAAGAGCUGGCCAUUCCCCCAAUGAACUUUGACCAGUCUCUGUGGAACCAGUAUGCUUCCGCCUUCAGCGGGGGCCUUACCAUGAAGACCAAUGAAAUCUCUGUCAUCCAGGGCGGUGGCAUCCCACUCCCCGGGAGUCCUGGCGGUGGGCCUCUGAUUGGAUCAACUGGAGGCCUCAUGAAGAUGGAUGGAUCCCACUCUGGCUUGCCUGCCAUGGAAAUUGAGAAGACCAGUUCAGACAGCGUGCCAAAAUUGCAGUUCCCACAUUUCAUGGAGGAGGGUAAAAUUGCAGUUAACUAGUUUUGUUUUUUGGAGGAAUUUUCAAUUUACCAACUGAACUCCAGUUUUUGAAUAUCUCCUUUUGAAUGAGGCACAAUCAAUUUUCACAAAGAACCCUGUAGAAUGUGCUUCAAUUUAUCCAGUAACCUCAUCGCAGCUCUCACCUCUCGAUACUAAAUGUUAAUUUUAGUUGAUCCUGACAUAGCUACUGUAGUUUUAUUUCAUUUAAAUGCGGGUAUUUCUCUUUAAUUUUUGUUUUGCUGUCUAUCCAAAAGUUUGAAUGUAUAACUUACUUGAAACUGCUUUAAUUCAGACCGUUUCCUCAAUACUUUUUUGAAGGAUUUUGACUUUAAUGGGAAAUUUCAGGGCAUGGAUUUUGUUUGUUUUUUUCCUUUUUUUUUUGUUUUUUUAAGAGGAGACAAUGUCUCAGUUUUCAGAAAUAAUGAUGUAGUUAACGUGUGUACCUGGAAUGACUACUUUCCCUCCUAUUGUGUGCCAUAGGUUUUAUGACAUUAUACAUUUUUUGUGGUGGUAAACGUCAUCUGCAUGUCUCAUUUUGAUCAGACUGAAAUAUUAUUUUGGUGUAUUCUCCAUUUAAAUCUAGUUGUAACAGUCCAUCUUAUUUGGAUACGGUAGUUUACAAAAUGGGCUUUCAUCAUUGUUCCAUCAGUGCUGACAUACAGACUCAGACCUUUUUAGCCAAGUGCCUAAAUUGGAAACUACGUUGUUUAUGUUGUCUUUCCCUGUACGAUAAGGUUGUUAUGAAGGCCUAGUGGAAUGAAAAUCAGUGUUUUGACAUGUACAACAUUGUAGCAUUGAAUGUCAUAGUUCAUAUAUAUAUCGGUUUAAAAAGUCAAUUUUCCCCACUAGCAUAUCCCACUUGUAAAUCUGCAGAAUCAAACUUAGUUGGCUGAGAGCUAAAGGCUAUUAUAUGCUCAAUGAUCUCAUGCCUGCACUUUAUUUCAGGUUUGAGUAUGUUUACAUCUUCUAGUUACUUGUCACUGCUUUUAUUGUGAUGGCUGAACAGGGAAAGGGCAAAUCAACAAAUUUGCAAACAUCCCCUCCUAUCAUAUUUUUUUGCGUGAGCAAAUGGUCAGAAGUUUUCUUUCUAGGUUAUCAUAUCAACUGUAGCAUCAUUCAUUAAUUUAUAAUUCACAAAAUGCUUGAGUUUAGGGGGUGCGUUCUACCUCGUUUAGAUUUUAGUUGUCCUCCUUGCCCCCCCCCCCUACACUCAACGCAAUGCUCUGUACAUUUUCCGAUACAUUCUUGAGUACAGGAUAAGGUUCUCGUUCUCAACCUGCUGAGUUGAACAGUAAUGAAUGUAUCACUGGACACUUUACACAACUCAGAGUGGUCAGAGUACUUUGUGGGCCCCUGCUGUACAUUCCUUAUCGAUAUGCAUUUGCCAAGUUGUGCCUUUUUCUUUAGCAAACCAUGUCAGAACUGCUUUAAAGUUGGUCUCUACAGUUCAAGUGAUGUUGAGCCAAUUUGGCCUGUUUACAAUGUAAAUGUUUUUUUGUUCUUCAAAUGUUUCCUACACAUAAAUAUUUUCUGAUUUUUGAAAAAUAAAUCAGGGUGACUUUUUCAAUA